CAUUGCAGCCGCAGCUGGCCGUUAGUGAUUCUGCUGAGGAGGGACAAACGUUUCCCUGCUUCACUAUUUUGUGGAGCUUUCAGAGUUUUUUUUUUUUCCUGGCCAAGCCAACAGUUACUGAGCUGAAGUGUGGAAACGGAGUCGAAGAAUGGACGGUUUGCUUAUAAGAAGAAGAAAAUGUGGAGCCCAAGGGCUAAACCGAAGCAGUCUCCAGACAUUCCUCCAAGUGUCCCAUGGCCCAGCCUCUCACCAUGAACAUCAGUAGAAACUGCAGCACGGUGGGGAAUGGAGAGGGUCUGGCCGCCCUGGAGUCUGUCUCCAUCGUGACCAUCACACUCCUGGCCUGCCUGGGGAACUUCUUGAUCGUGAUAACCCUCUACCGCAGGCCUUACUUGCUCACGCCCAGCAACAAGUUUGUGUUCAGCCUGACCCUCUCAAACCUGCUGCUGUCCAUGCUGGUGCUGCCGUUUGUGGCCGUGAGCUCGGCAAAGAGGGAGUGGGUGUUUGGGGUAGUGUGGUGCAACUUCACUGCCCUGCUCUACCUGCUCAUCAGCUCUGCCAGCAUGCUGACCCUGGGAGCCAUCGCCAUUGACAGGUACUAUGCAGUGCUGUACCCGAUGAUCUACCCCAUGAAGAUCACAGGAAACCGGGCAGUUGUCGUCAUUGCAUAUGUGUGGUUACACUCCCUGGUUGGCUGUCUGCCUCCUCUGUUCGGCUGGUCCUCCUUCGAGUUUGACUGCUUCAAGUGGACCUGUGUGGCAUCUUGGCACAGAGAGCCCAGCUACACAGCCUUCUGGGUCACCUGGUGCACCCUCCCCCCGUUCUUCAUCAUGCUGGCCUGUUACGGGGUCAUUUUCCGAGUGGCUCGCAUGAAGGCCAGGAAAGUGCACUGCGGGACAGUCGUUGCCCAGGAAGAUUCUAAUGGAGCUCCGCGUAACGGACGCAAAAACUCAAGCACCUCAACUUCCUCAAAUGGAAGUAGACGGAGCCUUGUGUAUGCAGGAAGUCAGUGUAAGGCCUUCGUCACCAUUUUAGUGGUGAUUGGCACCUUCCUCAUCACCUGGGGGCCGUAUGUUGGGGUGGUGUGCACUGAGGCUCUGUGGGGACAAGGAAGUGUAACUCAGGGACUGGAGACUCUUGUAGCGUGGCUGUCUUUCUGCAGUGCAGUGUGCCAUCCGCUCAUCUACGGCCUGUGGAAUAAAACUGUUAGGAAGGAGCUGCUGGGGAUGUGUUUUGGAGAUCGCUACUACAGAGAAUCAUUCGCUACACGCCAAAGGACGUCCCGGCUUUUCAGCAUCUCCAAUAGAAUAACAGAUUUGGGUAUGUCCCCACACCUGACGGCCAUGCUGGCAGGUGGAGGUCACCUUCUGGCUCCAGGGAGCAGCACUGGAGAUACUGGCUUCAGUUUCACUCAGGACUCAUGCACAGACGUGAUGCUGCUGGAUAACUUCUCCACGGACAGCUGCUCACACCCGCAGCUCAGUGGGAAUCUAUCUGUGAAGAGGAGGAGCUCAGUCACCUUUGAAGACCAGGUGGAGCACUCCAAAGCUGAAAACACCAACUCAUCCUCGGUUCAAGUCCACGCAGAGGUACACAAAUCUCUCGACACAUUUGCCUCUUGUCUGGCGAAGGCUAUUGAGAGUGAUGCUAAGCUUGACAUGUUUGGAGAGGGUCUUUCUUUGCCGGGGGGAUUAUUUACAACACGAGCAGCACCAAGACCCAGGUACCUGGAUGGUCAGAGACUGAGGCUGGAGAGUAUUGAUGAAGGUAUUGUUAAAGAUGACAGAGAUGAAGAAGAGCAGGAUGAUGAUGAGGAGAAACCAGCCUGAAUACAGGCACACUGAACUGUACCCGUUUUUAAUACUGAACUGUGGGUGUUUACACCCUAAACAUGAAUACAUGUGAUUAAUCAGAGAGCUGCCUUUGCUGCUUUUUGGUGCAGUUAAUGAAGCCAGAUUUCUCCUCAAAUGUGUACUCCAUACUUGAAAUUAUGCAGAGUAAAGAAGCGGCACAUUUUUCAUUCCACUAUGUUGGACCAAGUGCACACCGUCAGUGUCUUUACAAGUUUUUGUAUGGAUGCAUGUAAUCAAUAGGAAGCCUUAACUACUGUAUCCUAUAUGAUUUGAUUAUUUGUUUUGUACCAUAUAUUAUUAUAUUUCCUGUAUUUGCAUUAAUAUGUGCCUCAUCAGGACUGGGCAGUAUGAAAGAAAUGCAGUCAUGCUAGUAGGCGGCUCAGACUUGAUCUCUUUGCAAGCCUUGCAGUAGACUGAUAUUCUGAGGAAAGGCCUAGUACAUGCACCUAUGUAGGAAUUCAUUUUAUAGGAUAUUAACAAGGAAGUCAAAUGAGGAAAACCUUUAAAUAAUGACAGUACAGGCAGGUGACACCUGCAAACGUAGUAACUGCCCUCAAACAUAAUACAUAUCUGGAGUUUUUAACCAUUGACUGUGGAAAAAAAUGGACAAAGCCUGUGUGGUGUCAGCCAUUAGAUUACAACAGGCAGACUCAAACAGCUUUUGAAGCCAAUCCGUGGCGGCCUCCAUACUGAUAUCGUCUCAACCAAACUUUCGAUCAACCUAAUGGCAGACAAGAGCCUGCCCACUGAGCUCGACUUCCUGUCAGCUAGCUAGCUCUAAAGCCGACCCUCUGGAGGAGGCAUCUGCCUGUCAAGCUAUCUGUCAAUCAAAUGAGACACACUGAUCAGCCAGCCUCAAGUGGACACUCGCUGUAUUGCAAUUUUUUGCAUUUCCACAUUGGCUUCAUUUUUCUGAACUGGAGGUUGUCGUUUGUUUUUAACAUAAUAAUCCUACAAAUGCAAUAAAUUUCUUGCAAUUGUAAUAGCAGUUGACGCAAACGAUGACAUUUGCAGGAAUCUAUCACAUUAGUGGGAAGACAAAAAUUGUACCGAUUUCCCACAAAUGUAAUAUGAACAUGAAACACAAUGUGUAAGGUCAGCACUGUUUGUUGUAACCUUUUUACAAAUGCCAGUGGACUCAAGUCACUUCAAAAAACGGAGUCAUGCCAGUUUUGUUCGCCACAAACCUGGAAGUAGUUUAUUUGGUCUCAAAAUACUGGUAGAGCCAUGCAUUUCAGCAGAGUGGAUUAAAAUGGGUCAAAAGGCACAAUGAGGAAAUUAUAAAUAACAUACACAAACACUAUCCUCUCAAAAUUUGUUUGUAAGAGAAGAUUUUAGUCCCAGGAAGGUCAAACCCUGUGUGUUUAAGAUGCAGUCACUCUUUAAAAGGAGUGCUGGCACAGUCUUGUCCUGUGGAUCAGAUGAACCCCCUCUGAGGGCUUAAGUCAAAAAGAACCCCUUGGAUUUUGCAGAAUUUUCAAAAACUUAUGUAAAUUCUUUCCUGUUCUCAAAAAUGAUGUCUAAGACUCUGGAAAAAAAGUUCCUCUUUCAUGGCAAACAAAAAAAUCUCCAUUAUUACAUUUGUGUGCCUUAAGCUUACUUGAAACCACCAGCAGCUGUAAAAAGGCUUCAACGAACUAUGACCACAAACAUUUUGGUUUCCUGGUCAUUUUACAUUUGUGUGAAAGAAUUAAAGUUUGUACUUCCUCAUAGUUAUGUUUGCAGUUGGCAGCUUCUAUUACAUUUGUGUGAUUAUUACAUUAAAAGCUGCAGACAGGUAUUAUGUUAGUGUGCAGUUAUUGCAUUUGCAGGUGUUACAAGCCGUCUUACGACCUGAAGUUAAAAGCUGAUAUUUGUACUCUUGCUGUGGUACUUGCAGACUUACAUGUGUUUCAUAUUGUGUUGGUACACAUUGUUUUCUUCUCUUACGAUCUGAUACAGUAAUUGCACUUGAACAUUUACUUGUUCUCAUAGAAACCACUCACUGUAUGCCAGAACUGUCAGGUCAGUGUUCGUUUAUACUGUCAAAGGUAGCAAACGUUUAGUUACAAUCGAAUUGGUUAAUGUGUAAAUGAAGGUCAGUGUAGCUGUUAUCAGUGUUUAAAAAUUAUUGUAUUUUUUAGAUGCAUUACCAAGGGUCCACAUUUCAUGAAGCGCUGUCACAAAUUAAUUACCAUGUGUACGCAUAUUAGAUUGAAAGUUAUUUCAACAAAGAAAUGGCAGUGUCAAGUUUGAUCUGUUUGUGUUCACUGUCUUAGUAAAUAAUUAUUCUGCUCCAUGUGGUUUAUACACUCAACCACUCCUUAAUAAUAUAAAGUGAACUCUUAGUGAUAAGUAGAGCUCAGACGUGGAGCCCCAGUCUUACCUCUUAUAUUUUAGAAAGGUACUACUUUUGUGAGAAAAGCGUUGAACACCUGAGAAGUGAUGUAGCCACCUGAUUGCCUCUUAAAGUAUUAAUGCAAACAUUUCAGUAAGGUUUUGUAUCAAGAAUAUUCUAUUAAAACUUUUUAUGUAAAAGUUUCUGAGGCUUAUUUUCUGGUUUAUCUUUUUACUUUUGGUUGUUGCUGAUGAACCCUUUUAAUCUCCAUCAGGGACCAGAGAUGUUAUAAUAAGUGAAUGUUAAACUUCAAUAUGAAACUACUGAAAAAUGUUAAUACUGGUACCUUUUUUACACAAGUGCAACAACCAUAGAAGUCCUAGGCACCCUAUACUUGGUCACUUGUUUAUAUUUCUAAGGCAAACUCAAACAUUACCAGUGUUUUUUUGUGCAAUUCAAACAGUAUGCAGGGCUUUCUAGUAACUGCUAAUACAUAUUAUUCAUUUUGCACUUUCUGAUAUUUCUAUCCGUUCGUCAUUUAUCCCAGUUGGGGUUGCAGGAGGCUGGAGCCAGUCCCUAUCGUCAUUGGCCCAGCACCAGGGUACAUCCUGGACUAGUCACCAAUCAAUCACACAAUUAUGUUUGCUCACACUUGAUACAUCUACGGACACUUAAGAGCUACCAAUUAGCCCAGUGGUUCCUAAAGUGGUUGCACAAACAACCCCUGCAAACCAUCUUCAUCAAAGCUGGAGAGAAGCCCAGUAUUUUAUGUCAAAGAGCACCAACAUCAGCCCAAGACUGGCAGCUACUGGUUAACCUGGGGAGACGGCUCCGGUUCCCAGAAACCAUAUGUGAUAUAUGUUCACUUAUUUUUACAUGUAGAUGUGUAUAGUGAGAAGCAGUGCCUGAAAUGUUUUCGUGUGCCAAGGGGGGACCCGGCAGAAAAA